GGAGCUGUGGGAGCAGUGCAGAAAAAUACAAGGGCCACUGCUUGGUUCAGGGGACACCAGAGCGGCCCCUUCAGGCUGGGUGGGAAGCACAGGGUAUGGAUAAUGGAUUGGUUGGAAGCCAGUGGUUUGGUGGGGCUCCUCACCUGCUCUGGCUGAUGGAAUGCUCUGUGCUCGCUGCCCACAUCAUACAGUAGACACUCCACAAAUGCUUGUUGGUGAAGGGCCAGCAGUGAGAGACUGAGCCCACCAGAAGACCAGGGUGAAUCCUGAUUCUGCUCCCGACUGGCUCUGUGGUCCUGGGCAAGUCACUUAGCUUCUCUGAGCCUCAGUUUCUUUAUCCGGUUCCAACAACCAUCUCCAGUGGCUUCCUAUGUACAUUCAGGAUAAAACCCCAAUUCCACAUGAGGGGUUUCAGACCUAGCCUGCAUUUCCAGCCACUUCUGGACAUUGCUACCUCCCUUAAGGCCUGUUUCAUAAUCUUCACUCCAUCAGGGGUUCUGCCUAAAGGCUAUCUGCUCCCAUGGGUGCCACAGGCAGGGCUUUUGCCUGGCUUACUCAGCAUGCCUAUUACUUUUGCUUGGUGCAUAGUAGGUGCUCAGUAAAUAAAUAUCAGGUCACAAAGCCCCUGUCCUUCUGGGGCUGAGAUCUGAAUUUGACAAGCCCUAGGAAGGGCAGGCAGGAAUAGUAGUGAGAUGGCCUAGGCAGUCCUGGUGGGCCUAAGGUGCAGAAGGCCCCGGGGCCAUGGUGUUGCAUCUUGGAGUUGCUGGUGGCUCACUCUUAGCUCUGCCAGAGAUGGGAGGCACAUUGCAUGAAAUGGGGGCUACACUGCCCUGAGUUCAAGUGACUUCCCUGACCUCCCCACAUACACUACCAUGAAAUCUCUUGCCCCUGGUCAUGGCUACCUUUGGCUGGACUUGAUCUCACUAUGGGGAAGGCCUGUGCUUAAGCCAUGGGGACGGGGUCAAGCAGUACCACCCUCAACCUGCUUCCCACCUGAAGGUGGGGCAUGCAUUUCUCAGCCUCCUCUCUUAACAGCUGCCUGCAGUGGGAAGCUGGAGCAGCACACAGAACGGCGUGGUGUUAUCUAUAGCCCAGCCUGGCCCCUCAACUACCCACCAGGCACCAACUGCAGCUGGUACAUCCAGGGGGACCGUGGGGACAUGAUCACCAUCAGUUUCCGCAACUUUGAUGUGGAGGAGUCCCACCAGUGCUCCCUGGACUGGCUCCUGCUGGGCCCUGCAGCCCCACCUCGCCAGGAGGCCUUCCGCCUCUGUGGCUCUGCCAUCCCUCCUGCCUUCAUUUCUGCCCGUGACCACGUCUGGAUCUUCUUCCACUCAGAUGCCUCCAGCUCUGGCCAGGCCCAGGGCUUCCGCCUCUCCUACAUCCGAGGGAAGCUGGGCCAAGUGUCCUGCCAGGCAGACGAGUUCCGGUGUGACAACGGCAAGUGCCUGCCGGGCCCAUGGCAGUGUAACACUGUGGAUGAGUGUGGCGAUGGCUCUGAUGAAGGCAACUGCUCAGCACCUGCCUCUGAACCUCCUGGCAGCCUGUGCCCAGGGGGCACCUUCCCCUGCAGUGGGGCACGCUCCACGCGCUGUCUGCCAGUGGAGCGGCGUUGUGAUGGCACCCAGGACUGUGGUGAUGGCUCUGAUGAGGCUGGCUGUCCUGACCUGGCAUGUGGCCGGCGGCUGGGCAGCUUCUAUGGCUCUUUCGCUUCUCCAGACCUGUUUGGCGCAGCCCGUGGGCCCUCGGACCUUCACUGCACAUGGCUGGUGGACACGCAGGACCCUCGGCGCGUGCUGCUGCAGCUGGAGCUACGGCUGGGUUACGAUGACUAUGUUCAGGUGUAUGAGGGCCUGGGCGAGCGUGGGGACCGCCUGCUGCAGACUCUGUCCUACCACAGCAACCACCGGCCAGUGAGCCUCGAGGCUGCACAGGGCCGCCUCACUGUGGCCUACCAUGCCCGUGCCCGCAGCGCUGGCCAUGGCUUCAACGCCACCUACCAGGUGAAGGGCUACUGCCUCCCAUGGGAGCAGCCAUGCGGGAGCAGCAGUGAAGGGGACAGUGGCAGCUCAGGGGACCAAGGCUGCUUCUCAGAGCCACAGCGUUGCGAUGGUUGGUGGCACUGUGCCAGUGGCCGGGAUGAGCAGGGCUGCCCUGCCUGUCCACCUGACCAGUACCCCUGUGAGGGAGGCAGUGGCCUGUGCUAUGCACCUGCCGACCGCUGCAACAACCAGAAAAGCUGCCCAGAUGGCGCUGAUGAGAAGAACUGCUUCUCCUGCCAGCCUGGAACCUUCCACUGUGGCACCAACCUGUGCAUCUUUGAGACGUGGCGCUGUGACGGCCAGGAGGACUGCCAGGAUGGCAGCGAUGAGCACGGCUGCCUGGCUGCUGUGCCGCGCAAGGUCAUCACUGCUGCACUCAUUGGCAGCCUGGUGUGUGGCCUGCUGCUGGUCAUCGCGCUGGGCUGUGCCUUCAAGCUCUACUCCCUGCGCACGCAGGAGUACAGGGCCUUUGAGACCCAGAUGACACGCCUGGAGGCCGAGUUUGUGCGGCGGGAGGCGCCCCCGUCCUACGGCCAGCUCAUCGCACAGGGCCUCAUCCCACCUGUGGAGGACUUCCCUGUGUACAGCGCAUCCCAGGUGUCUGUGCUACAGAACCUUCGCACAGCCAUGCGAAGGCAGAUGAGGCGACAUGCCUCCCGCCGGGGCCCCUCCCGUCGAAGGCUCGGCCGUCUCUGGAACCGGCUAUUUCACCGGCCACGGGCACCUCGAGGCCAGAUCCCGCUUCUGACUGCUGCUCGAACCUCACAGACAGUGCUGGGCGAUGGGCUCCUCCAGCCUGGACCAGGGGCCACCCCAGGCCCCUCAGCCCCCCCCACGGACGCAGGCAGCCCCAGAGCACCUGGGGAUGGGCCUCCCAGUGCCCCUGGCCAUACACUAGAGUUGGGACCUUCAGUGCCCUUGCCCUCAGGCCUCCAAGACCCAGAAUACAGGCCCAUGGACAGGGACAGAAAAGCCUGCAGGGACCCUCUGGUGGACAACUUGGCCACUGUGGACACAGCUCCUGAGCCUCGCUCAGCCCAGGAUCCUCAGCCCCAGGUUCCCACUGCCAGCAGCACCCAAGGCCCCCACUCAGCAGAGCCACUGGGGGGCUGCCGGAGCCCCCUGCCACCCUGCUCCCCAAUGUUGGAAGCCAGCGACGAUGAGGCCCUGCUGGUCUGCUGACCCACAGGACACAUUGGUGACCGCCACAGCCCCGCUUUGUAACCAGGGAAUACACAGUCGUUUCUACCCUGCCUCUGUGUCCUUUCUUACAGAGAGAGGCCAGCCCACGGCCCCAGGGGAGGAGCAGGGCCCUCAGCCAGCAGCAGCAGCAGCAGCAGCAGCAGCACACUGUACCCCUUGGUGCACAUGGCAGGCAGGGAACGUGGGGCGGGGCUGUCUAGAGGAAGACGGUGAUGUGAUGAGCACGUCUUUGGGUCCCAGUGUACACAGGCAUCUUGGGGUCUUACUCCUACCCCCUCCCCAGCUCCAACCUGGGAAUCCACUUCCAGAAAAGUGAGUGGGGGACAGACAGGGCUCCAUGGAGUGUUGUGUGUGGCUUCUUGCUUCAUU